AUGAGCGAUCUUGAUCAACAUAACAAGAGUUCACACACUCAAUACCCAAGGCUACAAACGGAACCCAACGAUCGCAACGGUCGCCCCGCUAUAGUACCGAAUAUGGAUUCUGAGGACACUUCUUCAUCAAGCGCUAGCACGACACUAAGAAACGGAAAGCAUUUUGAUCCUUCUGAUAAAUAUGCCCUGUCGAUAUCAAAUAAAAGAUCCUCAAGUAAUUCGUUACCAAUCAGUGAGGAUUCGAGGAGUUUCAUUUCCGGUCUGUCUCCGGAAACUCAGAAUAUCAUCAAUUCCGUGAGAUCCUCUAGUGGCAGCAGUAAUGGGGAACAUAGAAAGAAAGAUGUGCCACGUUCUAUGAUAGAUGAAAUUUUGAGGGACGCUAAGUUGAAGGCCGUAAAUCGUGCCCUGGAAGGCAACUUGUCAACCUCAAAGAAACUCGAUUCGCAACGUUUGAAAAAUGUCGAAAGUCAUAAGAAUGGCGAUACGGAGAUUAGUCAUAUGUACAAGACAGCGGAUUCAAGAAACCAUCUGACACCGGUGACCGACGGGGAUGAUCAUGUGAAGGAAAGUGGAAAGGGCAACAAUGCGCAUGAGGAAUCGAAAAGAGCCAAACUCGAGUCAAGACAAGAUUCGGGAUCGUCUACCGCCGACGAUUUGAUCGACGAACAGGCAAGACCCAAGAAAAAUAGCAAAUCGCAACAGAACGAAGCAAUGAAAAAUUCAGAAAGCACAACAAAAAAUCGUCCUCCUUCACGUAUGUCCUUACCAACUCGUCUGGCGAGCUUAAUAGGCAUUCACACCGGGGAAUCCAGUUCAACAAAAGCUGAGAGUAAUCGUGAUAUCGAUGGUGCAUCGAGCGACGCCACUUACAACGGAGCGAUCUCAUCCGGGUCAAAAGACGAAAUCAAUGGCAAUGCGACUGCCUCGGUGAGCGCCAACGAAAUUUCCAACCUUGGAGAAAAAAUCAUUAAUAAAAGUGCGGUUUCAAAUGAGGCAGAAAAUUCGAAGAAAGGGCCCGAAAUAAUUAUCGAUACAAAUAAUGUUAAACCUCGUAGGGAACAAAGAUACGUGGUGAGAUCUCCGGCAUCUCCGCGAUAUACCAAGAAACGAGCGGUAAUUCGUCGUGCGAAUGUUAGACUCCACUCGAAACAUGCUUCCGAAGCUUCGGACGAUUAUCAGCGAAAUUCGAAAUCCCCGGUGAAAACCGUAGAGAUAUCCAAUGAGUUGGACGAAAUAACCGCGCAAUUUCAGGAUGCCCUUGGCGAAUUUUCGAAAAGAUACCAGGACUCAACGGUGGCACUUGCAGAAAAGUCCCAUCUCCUGAAGAAAAAUCAGGAGCUAUGGCACAUCCUUGCCGCCAAAGAAGAGGAGAUCGAGUGUUUGAAAAAUGAGUUAUGGGAGGCGGGUAAUAAGAUUCUAGACUACGAGUCUGACCUCAAGGAUAUCAUUAUGCAGCAACAGGAACCCCUUGCGCUCAAUCACGAAGACUUGAUUCGUAUCGAAAGAGAAAUCGAUGAUCAAGAGGUUCUAAUUAAUGGGUACCAGAAAGAAAUUGACAAAUUAGUAAACGAAUUGAAAAACAUGAAUGAAAGACUGAAAUCUGCUGAUAGGGAACAGGAUGAGCAACAAUCCAAGAUUAGCGAACUAUACAGAGAGAAUGAGAAGCUAAAGGAAUUGGCUUGCGAAAGGGAAUCUCAGGGGGCCCUUCCCGAUAGUGCGGCACAACAGAUGGAGGAGAUGAAAAAAGAGAUUGAGAGGUUGAAGGAAAAAGAAAAAUCUAAUGAUUACAAAGAGAUCACUUUGAAAGAGAUGGAGGAGCUGAAAAGAGAGCUGAGUGUGUUAAGGGACAGGGAGAGCGAAUAUAUGAUCAGUGUUGAUGAAAUGGAACACCAACUGGCGGAGGCUCGAGAGGAGAUUGAACAAAUAACACGAUCAAGAACGGAGUCGCUCGAAAAUUUGACGGAAGAAAUGAACUUGAUGAAAUAUAAAUACGAGUCAGAUAUUGAGACCGUGAAGAAGGAGACGGCCUCUAAGGAUGCCAAGGAACAGCGCUUUCGUAAAUUGCAGGGAGCGCUCGAAAAAAUCGAGAACAUGGUUAACACUCCGGAAGUGACACAAAUCUGCACUGAAUUACGAAGAUUCAACAUUUUACCUCAGAAGAAGAGGCGCAAAUCUACAACCGAGAUUUCAAGGGACGCUUAUGGAUAUGGUGGCGUCGAAGCUCUUUCGUCCCGCUCUCCCCGUUCGCCCACAACAAAGGCUCUUAGGAGCUCCUCGCGUUCAUCAGUGAGUAACAAGUCUCGAGCGAGUUCCAUCAGUCGUACCGUGAGCCCUACUCCUUCUAUGCAAUCUAGCGUGAGCGCGUUGAGUAAAAUCGAUUUUCAAGAUGACAUUAUGUUUGAUAGCGAGGAAGUCCUGGAAUUGAGGGAAAAGGUUGCGAAACUUGAAGAAGAAAAUAGCUCGUCUCGAGAAUCGAUGGAGAAAUUAGAAGAUGAGUUGAAACUAACGAAGGAAAUAAAUACUAGACUCGAGGAAACGAUAGGGAGUCUUAAAAAAGAGCACGAAGAAUAUAAGGAGCAACACGAUCGUAGAAUGCGCGAGAUGGAAGAAUUAUUGGUCGCAUUCCAAUCGGAUAUAUCAGAGACCAAUGACGAAGAAAGGGUCGCCGCAUCAACCACCGUACCAAACUCUCCGCCGAUAGUUCCCGAUCCAAAUCUGUUGAAAGAAUUGGAUAGUAAGCAGAGUAUCAUCGAGGAGUUGGUGGUAAAGCUAAAGAGAAAGGAAGAACAAUUGGAGUAUUAUCAAAACGCCUAUCUUGAAAAAACAGAGGAAUUGGAGAAAUUGGUCGAACGCAUACAAGCCCAGGGGGCAGCUGGUGAAGGUCUCCCGCCGAUCACGGGAUCUAACGGUGAUCCCGAUUCAGAUGGUAUUGAUACCUUGAAACUUCGUGACGACUCUUCGCCCGACAAUGGACUAGGAGACAUUUCCUCAUUACCAAUUACCGGUGACAUCAUGGGAUUUUCGGCCAUAGACAAACUCAUUGCACAAUUAGAGAGAACCAUUGUUGAGAGGACAAUGCAACGAGAUGCAGCUCAUCAGAGAGCCACCGAUGCCGAGUCAAAAUUGCUGGCAAUCUCAAGGGAAAAAAUGGCGUGGGGAAGUGGAUACGAUACCACAGUUAAACAGCUCAAAACACAAGUUCAACAAUUACAAGAAUUAUUACAAUUGGAAAAGAAAAAAGCCCGGCAGUUCAUCAAUCCGGUGGUUUCCUCCGAAAGUGAAUCUACUCAGGAAAACGGUGAGAAAAUGCCUACAUCGAAUGAGCCAAAUCCUCGAUCGCAAAUCGAACAGAAGCAGUCUAAACCCUUGUUGGAUAAUAAUUCCACACAGUCCACACAGCCAUCAUCUGACGUGAAACAACUUCGUAGUCAGAUCGAAUCGCUCGCCGCAGAGAACAUUUCGUUGAGAGCUCAGUUAAAAACUUCGGAGGCUGUGAGACGAGCGGUCCAUGAGAAUACGUUGUCAAUUUUGCAACAAACCAACAGUCACAAUCUCGCCACCGAUGAAGGAGAGUCAGGGUUGAGAAAAUUGGCUAUGGAAAAAGAUGCUGAAGUCAGUGUGUGGAAAGGGAGGUGUGCAGGCUUGGAGCAUGUAGUCGAACGUCAGCGUGAAAUAUUAGCACAUGUGGUUCCUUCUCUGAGCGAAGUUCGUGUAAAUGGCCAUGGUGAGAACACGGGAGGAUCAUUUGAUGAUUAUGAGAUCGACGAUGUUAAAGAGUUUGCAGGCCUCGAUGAGAACGCCAAGCAAUUUAUUCAGAAACUUCGCGAGGAAAAUGCGUUAAUGAAGAAAGCUCUUUCAAUAAGACAGCAGCCACCAUACAAUAAAAUUGACGCUGCUGACGACGCGCCACCCAAGUACACACCUUUAGAAUCUGUCACGAAAUCAACGACGCCUACAUCAACUCAGCUUGAAUCCCUCGAGUCACAGAUUUCCGAGAUCGAAGCCCGAUUCCUUAAAAGGGAAAAGGAAUUACAGGAAGUGAUUUCCGAGACCAAACGUCAAGGAGAGUUACAAUUAGAACGUUGGAGGGCGAAAUGGGGUGCCAUAAUCGACAAGAAGAAUUCCGAGAUAAGGGGUUUCAGGAAUGAGUUGGAGGCUUUAAUGAAAUGCUUGGGAAGUCUUGAUAUGGGAGGUGUCAAUGGGACAAGUAAUGGAACGCUAUCGUAA